CUGCUAUUUAUUUUUAUUUUCGCAAUUUGUUGAAUCGAAUUUGGUUUUACUGACACUAAUUAAGAAUAUCGUUCCCACUUUUAAAAUUAUAAGGUGCCUAUAUAUCCUUUCCACGGACAUUAUGGUGAUAUCUACAAAUAGGCAUAAUCUGUUUAAGUAAAGAAAAGUGAAUUUAAAAUGAUUCGACCCAUUAGACGCAGUCCGGUUUCGCAGAUUGUAUUGGAAGAAAUUGCAUUGGAGGGCUUAGAGGGCAUUACGCUAUCAUCACUUUGGGCUUACCUAGGUGUCGAUUUAGAAGUACCCCUACCUUUGCCAUCAGAUGUCUUAAAUCGCGUGUGGGAUUUCAUAAAGCGCAACACUCAUCAAUUAGAUUUUUAUGAAUUACCCUCUGAAAGACCAACAGUGCCGUUAGAAAGUCGGAUUUCAUACGUAGAUCCUGACUUUGGAGUGCCUCUUGCGCUGGAUCCGAAAAAAUUUCCACGCAAUACGUUUCUGCCCAUUGAGGAUGGUAAUAUACGCGGCUCUUGUGAAUUUUAUAAAGAGCGAAAACGAAUAGAAGCUACCGAAGUGAGCGAUUUAAAUGCGGAAACUGUAAUUGAGAGAUGGGGCAACCGCUUUGUUAUAGUUGCCUCACAAGAACUACGCUAUUGCGUUCUUACACCUAGGAAUAAACCUAUACCUCAAGACUUAACGGUAUUACAAUAUUGUUUUUGGGAAGCCAUUGGCCGCUCGCGUUAUAAUGGAGAAACAACGUCCGGAACGAACUCACUGUUUCAGUUGUGCAAAGAUUCAUCGGUGGUUUUCUAUAUCAAGAAUAAAUUGAUUAACCUUGGUUUGGUAGUACAACAAGCUUUUAAUGAAUUUCGCGAAGAUCGUCUCGCUGUUACAUCCUUACUUAAUUUGCCACAGUAUGUACCGGAUAUACCACGUAAUAUAAUAGCUAUUGUGGAACAAAUUUAUGAUAUGGUUAAAGAAUCACCCGAGAAUAAUGUUCCGGUGACGGAACUACGCAGCAAAAUGACAGAGUUUUCACGUAAAUCGACUUUUCGCCGUUUACUAUUAACACCUUAUUUUCGGCGAAUUUUCGAGGUGAAGAAGGUGUAUACCGGAAGGAAAAGUUGCAAGGGGAAUGAUGUUCAAGUCCUAGCGAUUACUUUAAAAGAUUGUGAAAUGCCCAUAGACCAGCUAAUUGAAAGUGUCAUAGAUGAGGAAAAAGAAGGAGGCAUCAGCCUAACUGACGCUUUUGUUAAUAAUAAACACGCUUUUACAGAUAUGCCACUUAAAGAAGAAUUUUAUCGUGCUGUUUUGCGGCAUGGUGCACGUGGUUGCAGUCAUACAGAGCUUGCCAACUAUCUCAGUGCAUCACACUGCGUGGUACGUCAGAUGGUCAAGGGAAUGAGUCGUGAUGGACUGAUAAUAUCGCAUGUUGUAGAUGAGGGCCGGCAACGAAUUCAUAGAUUCGUCGCGGUAGAAGUGAUAAUUGCAGAGAAGGCUGCCAAAGAGAAAGACGUUCCAGAGCCAGGAAUGGUAAAAUUCAUCGAUCUACCGCCUACACCCCAAGUUGAAGAGGCGUUCGCUGUCGAUUUUCCACAAAUCGAAACAUCUGUAGAAGAAUAUAAAUACAAUGACAAGCAAUUUCGCGUGACUUAUACAGCCCGCCAACAAUAUCGUCGUGAUUUUAUAAUUCGACAGCUAAACGAGCACAUAAUUAUACAAACGGUCAUUUUACGUAACAAGCUACAGGAAAGUGAACGAGAACGGGGGUUCACAGAUGAAAUAUGUUUUAAGUCGCUGCGACGAAUGUUUAUGGAACUUAAGAAAACUGACAAUUUAAAGGCGUACGAAGUUAACCUAAAAUAUAAAGGACACGUACGUACUUAUCGUUACGUGGCCCAUCCUGAAAUAGAUUCAAAUCACGUUUUGAUCCAGCGCGAAAUAAGGCGUUUGAAGAACAUACUUUUGGUGACGAGAGAACGGGAAGAGCAAAAAAAACAGAAUCGAUUACGCAUUUCUCGGCAGAUUACUCGAAAGACACAGAAAACUGUUCAAGUAAAGCCUGUAAUAACAGAAUCUCCAACGGAGCAUUUGCCUAAUAGUAAUAAUCUGCCUAAACCACCAAAAUUUCUUAUAUCGCGAUAUAUGCACGAGUUUCUGUUUUAUAUUGUGGUGGAGUUAAACGAGCAUCAACAGAUGCUUGAAAUAGACGAAGCUUUGCUGAAAAAUUGGAAAGAAUCUGAGCCAGCAUUGCAAAUUAACGAGUUUUUGAACGGCUUGCACUCGGGAACGGAAGUGCAACAUGCAUACACGCAACAGAUUAGUUGGCGUACCUUCAUAACACCUCUGCCGAACUAUGCAGAUAAGCCUGCGGGUUGGGUGUACUUUGUGGACGCUAUGGACCGGAUGCCACUCUCAAUUUUUGAUAAAAUAUUUCGUUUCCAACAAACAGAUGGCGAUAAACUCGGCGAAUAUUUGACACAUCCAGUACGUCAACACUACCUUAUACGUCAAUUGCCGGCAGAGCUGCAAAAUUUAAUUAAUCGCAUAUAUCUCCUGCGCAUUUGCACUUUGGUACUAAAAUUGUUGAAUCACAUGGGAUUAAUACAGGUUGGUGGAUCCGCAAAUUUCAAAGAGACGAUGAUGAUGUGGGUUUAUUUAAAUCGGCGUACGCAAAUCCUUGAUACCACACCAUCCGAGGCUAGCUAUGCUAAAGUAAAUGCAGCUCGGAAAUAUGACGAGUUAGAUUUUUAUUUUUCCACAUCCAAUGAUGUUACUCAAUACUGGAAUCAGCUUCAUCGUAUUUGUGUGUACACCAAACUCGGCCUGCGGAGUGCCAAAAAUGACGAAAAGUCGGCAAGUCGCAGGGAAUUGCAAUUUUUAAGUGCUGUAGGUUUCGACGAAGCUCCACAAUAUGAUAACGGUGAGGUGCCUGGUGACCGGGCAGGUGCCGCUGGUUUUGCCGCGCAUCUCUUUGCUCAUACCUUGCGCAGCUGGUCGUGGGUGUUGCGAACGAACACCAAACCGAAACAAAUACGCACCGGUCGUGCACCACUAUUACGUGCUACUAGUAGUAAACACUUGCGUCUUAUGGGUUUACGUAAAACCCGUUUACAUGCAGCGCAAAUCAAGCGGCUGCCUCAUUCGGCUGCAGUAAAACGCACCACAAAAAAGAAAUCGGCUUCCAUGCGCGACGCCAUCGAUCGAGAUGCUUUGAAAAAUAUGCGCACCUUACGAGCCUGCUGGAGCAAGGAUGAAGAUGAUUUGCUGAAACUAGCACGUGCUGUCUAUAUCUAUGUAGCAGCGCCGGUGCCCAUACUUGGGCUUAUGGUAGUUGGUAAGAUUUGCCGUGACGUUAUCAGGCAUAAUCUAGGUAUAUGCAAUAAAACAACCCAGGCAUGCCAUCGGCGUAUGCAGUAUAUCGUGAAGAAAGAACGCCACAUCCCCGAAGUCCCCACUUGGGUGCACAUGCUACAAACAAACGUUGAAAUUCAGCAGCGUUAUGGAGAGAAUUUCUUGCAACAACUGAAAAAUGUGUAUGCGGAGCGUGAGGAGUACGCUGGAGCGUUGACUAUACAUUUCAUACAAAUUUUCUAUUUCUUGUAUCAGCUGGUGCACAACAUUAAGGGCAAGGAAGCAUUUGCUGCUAUGAGACCGCGCUUUAUGAUACCCGAUGCUCUUGACGAAUUCAAUCGACUAUUUAUUAUGCGCGCUGCGGUCUCAGAAGAGAGAGCAAUGAAAUACAUAAAUCCAAGCAAUGAACAAGAAGCACUUACAAUGCUCGCUAUUGGGGUUCUGCACAGUUCGCUUUGUUCGGCGCUAGACAAGACCACAUACACGGCGCAAGCUUUUGAGAUUUUUAAAAAAUUCUCUGAAGAAAUAUUGCAAAGCGCCUUCAAUAUAGCGCGUAAUGGCGCACUCAUUGUGGCGAAUAAGCGCAAGAAUAUAGAAAUGCUGCCCAGCCAACUAACGAGUCCAGCCUAUUCGCUUUCGGCACAUUAUCAACGUCGUUUGAUCUCUUUACGUAUACCUUUUUACAUUUACGACUCGCUCUUUGGGUUCUUUGAAAAUGUGCUAGGUGUUUUGAUGAAGCCCAAGGAGGAGUUCAUCGAACAACCAUCGACUAGUAAAGGACAGUCGAUGGCAAAUGUUGUAGAGCUAAAGUCGCCGAAUGCGGGGCAACUCUUCUUCCUCACCGAAGGGCUGGCACGAAGCUUUUGGACUUGCAAUAUCAAAUUGCCAAUCAAUAUAUUGACCGUUGAUGCCGAACAAAGACAGACAUUAUCGUCGAUGGAUCGGAUACUUGAUCAUUAUCAUUGCAUUUUCGACAAUGCGCCCGAAACAGAGUACACGAAAAGUUUCGAAAGUGAAGCCAAUGAGAAACAGGUCCGCGUUAAAUUCCAACCAGCCAAUUUAAGCUACAAGAUCACAUACAACCCCUACGAUUUUAUAUCCAAGCUGCCCGUGCGCCACAUACACUUCUUCUGUGCACUCGAUCACCUCAACCACGAAGUAGAUAUCAAUUUUAGCCGUCUGAUGCACAAAGAUGAUGAACACGAUACACUCAGCAUCGAAUGCCCCUUCAACUGUGUGCUGAAACAUGCCAACUAUAUUAAUGCGAUUGAACGGAUAGUACAGGAAAAGAGAACGAUUUUAAGAGAGCUUACUGAAAUGCCACCACAGAAAGUAUUGAAUAUGGCCAUGAAUGGUUGUUCGGUGACUGUUGAAUCCUCCAAUUUACUAACGCUAGUGCGUAUGUUAGAGUCAUUUUGGCGUGAGAAGGAAACUCCAUAUGAACGCAAAGAUCUGGGACGUGUGUCGGCAAAUGUAAAGGUCAACAAAUCCAUCGACUGGCAUCAGUUGUGUUGUGAAAUAUUGGAGUUUAAUGUGGCGGAAGAAGAUAACGACAAAAAUGAUGAGUACGAGCCAACACUGAACAAGGAGGAGCGCUUUGCGCGCGCACAAGAUGUUUUUGUAGUGAAUCUGCCAACUCUGCAGUUAGACGUAGAUAAGAAUUUCCUUUUGUCCAGUAAAGAGACUGUGCUACAUGGUGAACUGUGUGUGCCCAAGCGCUUAGUGGAGGCUGAAAUUGAUCGUGACCUUAUCUUGAGAAAAAUUGUGGAUGAAUCGCAUUGGAAAUACACAGAUAAUACCUUCGAGAUACUUAAGCCCAAGCUAAAUAAACUGGACUUUAAUGCUAUGGAGCAACAACACGUUGAAGAUCUACUCAAAUAUAUAGAAAAGUGUAAAUUUGGUGUGCCUGUGACGGAUUUGAAGCGUGAAUUUCCUUAUGCCCAAUUUCUAUCGCGCGCUUUGCGUGUUCUCUCUGAGCAUUACCUCAUCAAACGUGUUGGCGUCUCUACAAUGCUAUACGUGCAUAAAGCUCACAUUCGUCCCUGGGUUGUGCACACAUUUCACCUUAAACGGCUGGAGCGUGAAAAAUUGGGGCCGGAUGGUACAGUGAAUCUUAAACACGUGGCAAACAGUGCCGGCGCCAGUGAAAACGCGAAUGUGGAGGAAGAAGGAAGCGAUGAAGCUGAAGAAGCCAGUUACGGUAAAAGAGCUAGGUUAUCUGAUGACCCCAGUGGAUCAGCAAAAGAUGAGAAGAUCAGCAAGCGUGUCUCAAAACCGGUCAAACGGUUUCAGAGCGACACUCCACAAGCAAAUACUAAUGAAAAAGACUGGAAAAGGGAUGUUAUUGUGAUGAAACCUCACCCAUGGAUACGUCUAAAUGGUACCAUUAAUCGGCGCGUUUUAGAUCGUUGGUUGGGAUCUGUUCUCACCGAAUGUGUUAGUCGUUCGGGCUGUAUGAUUUUUGAUAUAUGCUCAAAGUUCCCACAUUUGCCACCCGUGGAAAUAAUGUUUCUGCUGGAAAUAUUAUCUAGUCUGAAAUGUAUUCAUCUAACCGAAAUGCAGCCCGCCCCGGUGAAUCUUUUCUCUUCUUAUGAAAGCCUACAAGAGGCUAUUGUAACUGAGUUUUAUGAUCCAGAACAUACAUAUGUGAUUGCCCACGGAGACGCCAUGACACGCAUGUCUACUUUCAUUGGCCACAAAAAAUACAACACUCAAUUUUAUUAAAAUUUUAAUUAUUAAUAUUUCUUUUUUUUUUGUAUAAUUUUUACUUCAUCAAACACACCAAUGAUAGAAAUUAACGAAGCUUACAUAAAAUUGAUCCAAUAUUAAAUUAGCGUUUAGUCAAAAACAUAUUUUCGAUUUCUGCCCGCUCUUUUAUACAUUCGGCGGUGAGUACUUCCACGUUAUUGUCGCUGGUGAUUAGCACAUCAUCCUCUAUACGUAUGCCAAUGCCGCGAAAUUCUUUUGGCACAUCUUGACGAUCAUGUCCUAUAUAAAUUCCAGGUUCCACUGUGAACACCAUACCCGGUUGCAAUGGAAAUGUCCGUGGAAUUAGUGGUGUGUCAUGUACAUCCAUGCCAAGAUAGUGGGAUACAUGGUGGGGGCAGAAUUUAUAACCAGCCUAAAUACAAAAAUAUAUUUUAUUGAAGUUACUUAUGGAAUAUUUGAAAAUAAAAUACCCUGGCAUAGCUAAUAUCGUCAACGAUAUUCUUUGGAACUAUUCCGGCUUCUUGCAAAUAUUUUCCCAAUUUAAUGCACAUUGUAUCGAAAAGGUUGUCCAAAGUCUCUCCGCCAGGCUUUAACAGUGUAGCUAUAAGAAUCUUUAGUGAGUAUUUUUUGAAAACAGCCAUUAUUGUGUUUUACCUAUCAAUUCUUUUUGCAGUUGUAACACCACAUCGUACAGGAUUUUCUGAGCCGGUGUGAAGGUUCCAUCUAUGGGCCAUGUACGGGUAAUAUCACUCGUAUAACCACCAUAUUCACAACCAGCAUCCAUUAGCACGAGUUCACCACUUCUUGUCAACUGUGUAUUAUUAAUGUAAUGAAUUGUUGUCGCAUUGUUACCGCUCGCUACCACCGGCGGAUAUGCUAAAUAGCUGGCAUUUUUCAUACGGCACUUAUAGUCGACUGAAGCAAAUAAAUGAUGCUCAGAAAUCCCGGGUUUCGAUUCGGCUAUUACCUCAUUUAUUGCUCUUGACGCAAUUUGGCAUGUGCGACGCAUCAAAUCUUGCUCACUAGACGAUUUAUAGAGUCGGAGACUUUGUAUAUAGACAGCGGGAGAUUUAACCUCUGAUAUUUUAUCAGCUACCUGUUGUACCUCGCUGGUAAUGUUGGCUUGAUCUGAAGCAGGUGAAUCAUACCAAACAAGAGGCUUUUCACUUGUUACGUAUUUUUUUAGCACUUGUGAAAAUUGUUCUAUUGUAUAAGCUUCAUCCACGCCGAAAAAAUCGGGUGCAUUCUCAGCUCCUGUACGAGUGCCAUCCCACAAUUCGGCGUGCUUAUCUUUCGGCCUCAUAAAUAGUGUAGAUUUGACAUCUUCGUUCUCGUUGAUGGUCAUAACCAGCACAGAGUCCGGUUCCAGACAACCAGUUAAGUAAUAAAAGUCGGAGUUUUGACGAAAAACGUAAGGAAUUUUAUCGCUCAUGUACUUCUUAGACGAUGAUGGUACUAUAACCUUAAAAAAUGUUUUAAAUAAAGUAUAAUUUGCUAAUUUAAA